AUGUUGCACUUAUCUGCGAUGUUAGCACUCCUACUAAUUUGUUGCAACCACAUUGCGGACAAUCUAAUCACAACAUUCGCUUCGACACAAACUGGAAAAGCUGCUGCGGUCACUACCAUUUUAGCGCCGACUAAUGAACACCACGGACCACAUACUUGGUUAAGGCGGCAGCGAAGGUAUUUGUUGUUCGAGCAAGGCUCCUCAGUGGGGGUGCAACUAAAUAUUGCUAAAGCUAUAUUGGCAGAGAUGCCGCGUGGCUUGAAUGAAAUCUACGAAUAUACAUACAACUAUGAAUUGCCAACAACGCUGGAUAUGCUAAGGCCACAUCCGAGGAAGGCACAUCAGCCGAAGGAGCAGAGCAAUCCCGGAGCAAAGUCAAAACAAAUCACUACAAUAACUACAGUAACCACACCUAAAAUGCUCUCAUCGAAUUUAGUAACAUUGAACGGAAACGACAACAACAGCAACAAUCACCGUUGGUUACCCCAAUGGCAUGCAACUCCCCAUUGGCCUUCAGCAGAAGAAAGUGUGGCACCUUGGUGGCAAAUGCCAGUGCGACGUCAAUGGUUUACAGCACAGCAGCAGCAACAACACAAAAACUCACUUCAAGCAGUGGAAAAACAGCAAUGGUUUGUUCCCACGCCUCCAAUGUUGUCAAGGAAAUUUGCAAAAAUGCCAGCUGCUGCUCAUCCUGGGCUGUCUACGACGAUGGCACAGCCGUCUUCUUGCACCAGACGAAAUGUGUAUGGCAGUUGGCGUCACAGUUGGCAACAUUCGUGCUUGGCUAGUCGAGAAAUGCUUGGGCGUGGUCGUGGUCGAAAACGUAGCAGCGGUGGCAGCAGUGACAGCAGUGGCAGCAAUGAAAACUAUGACGGUGUUAGUGCUGCUGAGAGCAAAAAAAUUGAUGAUGCUGACCAUCGAAUUGAUGAGGACGUUGAUGAAUUCCGUUUUGCAAAAAAUGCUGAACGCGUUUUCUUCGAUUUGCUAGGCAAAUGGGCCAACAUUGCUGCAUUGCCGGCCGCACAUCGGCAUGCCACAUAUAAAACAGCGAUUUGGCAUGACAAUUUAAGCGACUGCGCCCAACACUAUGCAACGCUCUGUGGCUUAAGUUUUCUGCAACAUUUCACCGAAGCUGUGCAUGGGCGAUUUAUGUAA